AUGUCUACUUACACUAUGCCACAUCAGUCGACAAUUUCCCGUUCUCUUAGCGGCGAUCCCAGGGUGGGUGCACCAAAAACAGCAGUCACCCAGGAAAACGUCGAUGCUGUCCGCAAACUCAUCAUUGAAGAUAGACAUGUGACAUAUCGCGAGAUUGAGGCGUCCUUGAAUAUCUCAAAGACCUCAAUUCAAAAUAAUUUACAUGAAGAAUUAGGAGUAAGAAAAUUAGUUUCUCGUUGGAUACCCCACCUGGUUAACUGGUGUCAAAACACGCGUGACCGUUUCAAUUCUGGAAACUCAAAAAAUGUGUACAGCAUUGUUAGUGGUGAUGAAUCGUGGAUUUACUGUUAUGAACUAGAAAAUAAACGACAGUCGGCUGUUUGGAUGGUCGCGACAUUUGUGUCAAAAGCGGGUCAUAUUGCAACAAUUCCUCUUAAUCAGCAAAGAACUGUUACUGCGGAUUGGUAUACCACCAUUUGUUUGCCAAAAGUCAUCACCGAGCUUCGAAAAAUCAACCCCGAAAGAAAAAUCAUACUCCACCAAGACAAUGCAAGCUCGCACACAGCCCAAAAAACAAGGCAGUAUUUAACGGAAGAAAACGUGGAAUUAUUGGACCAUCCUCCAUAUAGUCCCGAUCUAAGUUCUAACGAUUUCUUUACUUUCCCAAAAAUUAAAAACAGACUGCGUGGUUUCCAGUCACCAGAAGAAGCAGUUGACGCAUUCAAAAAUGCCAAUAAGUGCUUCGAAAAUUGGUUCGAGCGCAUGCUUCGUGAAGAAUACUUCGAAAAACAAUAA